GCGAGCCUUCCUUCUUCUUCAUUGGCCGCCCAAAAGAUUGCGUCCGAGAUCAUCGUUCCCCCUCUAAAACCCUAACCCUAAUUCCAACCCCAACCCCUCGCCAAAACGUCGCGCCUUUUCUCCCUUCCCCCAAUCGGCGAUCUCGAGGCCUUGGCUGCUGCGCCUCCGCCGUCGAUUUCGCCUCUCCGGGAGCCGGCGAUGCGGUUGCUUGAUGAAUUGAGCUGUGAUUGGUGAUCCGAUGUCGGAGGAAAGGUGAGAUCUUGGGGUGGAAUUUCGAUGGAGGAAGGCGGGAAUCUCAAGGGGGAUGGCGGGCCUCGCUCCAAUGAGAAAGAAGCCACAUGGGCUUCUUUUGGUGGGGCCUUCCGUCCUUACACUCCGACGCUUGAUUCUCCGACGGUUUCUGGGUUUUUGAAAUCGAGCAAAUUUAGAGUUAGAAGAUCACUGGUGUCAAGACUGACUAAAGACAUCAUUGAAACAUUCCAAUUAUGUAACUCGAGUUUUAAGUAUUCAGACAGGCUAAAUCCAAAAAGGUUUAUAACUAGCCCGUCAGUUGGAUUGCUCAAUGAUGGAUAUGACAAUGCCAAUUCAGAUCUCAUCUUGCAUGUGAAUUCUGUGCUGGUCAAUGCAGCUACAAGUCAAAGGUAUUUUGUUAAAGAUGUCCUCGGCCAUGGGACAUUUGGACAAGUUGCCAAGUGCUGGAUGCCAGAGAAUGAUAGUUACGUUGCAGUUAAGGUUAUAAAGAACCACACUGCUUAUUACCGACAGGCGUUGGUUGAAGUUUCUAUUUUAACCAUGCUGAAUCAAAAGCUUAGUCAUGAUGAAAAACAUCACAUUGUUCGCAUUCUAGAUUAUUUCAUGUAUCAACGCCAUUUGUGUAUAUCAUUUGAGAUGCUUGGCUCAAAUCUGUUUGAGCUAAUUAAAAUGAAUCAAUAUAGAGGAUUGCCCCUGAGUCUUGUGCAGGUUUUCUCAAAACAGAUCUUGCAUGCAUUGGUUGUCAUAAAAGAAACUGGCAUCAUACAUUGCGAUUUGAAGCCGGAAAAUAUUCUUCUAUCUAAAAGUGCAAAGCCGGAAGUAAAGGUCAUUGAUUUUGGAUCAGCCUGCAGGGAGGGUCACACAGUAUACUCAUACAUUCAGAGUCGCUACUAUAGAUCUCCAGAAGUAUUGCUUGGUUAUCCAUAUACAACAGCUAUUGAUAUGUGGUCAUUUGGGUGUAUUGUUGCGGAGUUGUUCCUAGGCUUACCUCUAUUUGCUGGAGCUUCUGAAUAUGAUCUUCUUAAGCGGAUGAUUGAGACUCUUGGUGGUCAACCCCCUGAUGAGCUUCUUAGAGACGCGAAGAACACAGAUAAGUUCUUUAAACACGUGGCAAGCAUUUAUCAUUUGGAGGGUAAUGAAGCUUGGAAGGGAAUUGCCAGUGCAUACCGAUUUUUAACCGAAGAGGAAUAUGAAGUUAGGGUGUCUCAAAAACCAAUAAUAGGGAAACACUACUUCAGUAAGGCUAAGCUUGAGGAUAUAAUUGCAAAUUAUUCUUACAAAAGAAAUCUGUCUGAAGAAGAAAUCUCCAAAGAAAAAGUUUCUCGCUUAGCCCUUGUUGAUUUCCUGAGGGGUCUUUUUGAGUUUGAUCCAGGAAAACGGUGGUCACCUUUGCAGGCAUCAAGUCAUCCAUUCGUCACGGGAGAACCCUUUUUGUGCCCUUAUAAGCCUCUGCCAGAAACUCCUCGAAUUCCUCUAAUGCGUUCUGUUACUGUCGAUCAUAAUCCAGGCGGAGGGCAUUGGCUAGAUGCCGGUCUGUCCCCUCAGGUCUCUAGUUUGAGCAGAUGUUUUCCACAUAAUAGCCCUCAGUUUCAUGCGGUGCGACUGUCUCAUGGUAGUAGUUUUGGCAGCAUGGGAAGCCAUAGUAGCUACAACGAUCAUACUGGUCUGGGAAGUAGCUAUGGAAGUUAUAGCGAUGUUAAUAGUAUGUAUUCAUAUUUUUCACCAGUGGGUCCUCGUGGACUGAGCAUGCAAACACCGGUUGGAGGACCAUUCCUCGGUGCCAGUCUUGAUGCUAGGCGUAGGUCUCACAUUUCAUAUGGAAAUGGAUUUGGUGCGAGUCCUACUGGAAAUUUGGGACCUAUGUCCCUGGGAGCCAGUCCCUCACAAUUUACUCCUCCAAUCUCUCAAGUGCAUGUACCGACUGUUUCUCCUGGAAAUUAUGGUCCCAAUUCUCCUGCAAGAGGCAGUCUUCAUGGUUCUCCAUUAGGUACAGCAUCUGCUGUUGGUCAAUAUAACCAAUAUAACAGAAGGAGUUGGGGUUAUCCAGGAAUGUCUAUGCACCAUCAUGAGAAUGCAUCUCAGCACCAGCAGGGACAUUGUGAUGAUGGUAUCAGUUGUCAAUCCGAUGCACUUGCUCGAGGAUAUGUUGGUUCUCCACACGCUAACCUUUCUGCUCCGAAUCAUUCUAAUUUGGGACCUCAAAUUGGAUCAUUUUUAAGUUAUCAGGGUUCUUCUACAUCCAGCACAUUUAACACCAAUGCAUUGUCACCGCGUUCUACAGAAGCUUCUCGUGAUUCACUUGAAAGUAAUUCUUCAGUACCUGAUCCUGCUGAUUGGGAUCCUGAUUACAGUGACGAACUGCUUUUGCAAGAGGAUAAUUAUGACAUCAUCUCCUUGGCAUCUGGAAUUAAUAACAAUCUUUACGUCAGUAAAGCAACUGAUGCCUCAAUACCAAGUGAAGUGGGAAAGUCUGUCUACGGUCAUAAUCAGGCCCGCACAAGCUCAAAUUUGGCAUCAUCAAAUCAAAGAGUAAAUGGGUCAUUUCCGGGGUAUACACUUGCUGAGGGUAGCCCCACUUUUGCAAAUAAUAUGCAUGCCGGUGAUAGCCGAUUGCCUCCUUUUUCACCAAACACUACCAGUCGAUUUGGUCAACAAUCUUCUUAUUAUCACAAUCAACACUCAACUCAUGCACAUGCUGAGCGAAUGCAUCACAAAAAUGAGCCAGCUCGCAGUGACUUUGCUGAGCCAGAUUCGCACUCUGAUGAGGAUAGAAUGUUCGGCAAUAGCAAGUCACGAGCGGGAAGAAACCCUAACAACCACCGGAGGAGAAAUUACUCCCUCGAUCGCUUGAUUUGGGGAGAAAACCCGCCAUCUUCAGAGGUAAUCAGUUCAACUCCCAAAGUUUUGAUCUUUGCAUCAAUACUGCCCCAAUCUGAGUCCUUUCACAACCUUAUCGUGUCUAGGAUGCGCCCAAGAUUCACUCGGCCAAAGGAGUCGAACCCUGAGAAAAGCCCUAAUCUUUACGUGGCCAAUUGCGGCCCCAAGGUGGGGAUAUCUUACGAUGACAUGGAAUCAGUCUUUGCUAAAUUUGGCGAGGUUAUCGGAGUCCACGCCGCGGAUGAGACGGGAGCUCGUGUAAUCGUUUGCUUUUCCGAGGUGGAUUCCGCCGGAACAGCUUUCGAAGCAUUGAAUGGAAAUCCUUGCCGCGAACUUGGCGGAAGAACUCUGCAUAUGCGAUACUCGGUGCCCCGACCGAAAGCAAAGGUUAGGGGCAAUGAUUCACUUUCGGUGUCUUUCUUGUCAUCAGAGCUGGAGAUUCCAGGAAUUUACCUGGUGCGUGAUUUUGUCACUGCUGAGCAGGAGCAGGAGCUCCUUCAAGCAGUUGAUGCUAGGCCUUGGAAAAGUCUUGCAAAGAGAAGAGUGCAACAUUACGGUUAUGAGUUCUUAUAUGAGACAAGGAAUGUUGAUUCUCGGCAAUUCUUGGGUGAACUUCCAUCUUUUGUUUCCCCUAUACUCGAGAAAAUUUCAUCCUUCCCUCACCUCGAUGACAACAAAAGUAGACUGAAGAUAGAUCAAUUGACGGUUAAUGAAUAUCCUCCUGGAGUUGGGUUAUCGCCCCAUAUAGAUACUCACUCAGCAUUUGACGAGUUUAUCUUCAGUCUUUCGCUAGCUGGUCCAUGUAUUAUGGAAUUCAGGAGGUAUCAACAUGGCACUUGGCGACCUCAACCCUCUGAAGAUAAUGGUACAGAAGCUGACAAAUGCUCAAACAUUAUAAGAAAAGCUAUUUUCCUUCCUCCACGGUCUAUGCUUUUGCUCUCUGGUGAAGGGAGAUAUGCUUGGCAUCACUAUAUUCCACAUCAUAAGAUUGAUUUGGUUGGGGAACAGGUCGUCAAAAGAUGCAAAAGAAGAGUUUCUUUCACUUUCCGCAAGGUAAGGAGAGGACCCUGCUGUUGUAACUAUCGACAGUAUUGUGAUUCUCAAACAGAGACUUGAGUCACGUUAAAGCUCUCCUUUUAGUAGUAAUCCGAAAGCAAAAUUGACUUUGUCAGCAGUAGAGGAGAUUGUUCAACCCAGCAACGGAACAUAACGAUGUGAUUUUCAAGAUCAGUGAUAAACAAAUUUUGAUGCAGAUAAAAUUUCUGGAUUCUAAGUAAACUCUGCACUGGGUGUAAAUUGUAAAACCUCAGAGCUUUGCUUCAGAUGUUUCCUCCGCUUAUCUGAUUUUUGAGGGGCGAUGCCUUGCCUUAUAGUAUU